AUGAUGUUUUAAUAUUAGGCUUAGUUGACUCAAUUUUGUUCUAUUAAUAAUACCAAUAAAGAUAAAAUAAAAAGUUCUAUCAUGAACAAAAUUUAAUUUAAUAUAACUCAAAUAGUUACUUCAUUUAGUGUAAAUAAGAAUUAAGAUUUAAUAAUUGUAGGAUUUAGUGAUGGCUAACUCCUUUAAUAUAAUUUAGUAAGCUAAGAAUUUUAUUUUUACAAUACCACUUCAAAAGAUUCUAAAAAUGCUUCAAUUAUUGUCAUUUAAAUCUUUUAAAUAUCUGAUAUCUAAUAUGCAGUAUAUGCUGUUUCAAGUAAUGCUUUGCUUCUUUAAAUUGAUAUUAUGAGUAAAAAAAUGACUUAAUCGAUAGACUUAAGGACUUUAGUUAAUCAAGAUCCUAAUAUUACCUUGUCAAAAUUUUUAAUUGAUUAAGAUAAUCAAAGAUAUUUAUUUUGUUUUAAUGGAUAGAAAAAAGCUUACGUUUGGAAUUACUCAAAAAAUUAAUUAGAACUUAACACUAAAAUUGAAUAUGUAGCUUUAGUCAAAAAAGAUUUUCUUAAAGACACUAUAAUAGACAUUAAGCUAUUUAUAGAUAAUGUCAUAGGUAUUCUUUUAAUAGAUAGAUUUGAACUUCUUAUCGUUAACGGAGAUAAAUUUAAUAUGAUAGCUUAGAUUAGUUAUUAAUAUCCUAGAAUAUUAAAUUACAGAUUUGAGAAAAAUAUACUUCAAAUACUAGGCCUGCAUAAAACUGGAGUUUUUGAAAAUAGCUAUAAUUUAGAAAUUUACAAACCAGAAUCAAAAUCAGAAUGCUCUUUUUUAAUCUCAAUUUAAGAAUAAUAAAAUCUUAUAGAAGAGUAAGCCAAUGUAGCAAUUAAAUAAAAAGAAAUUCAAACAAUAAAUGGAAUUUCUUUAAUCAAUUAAGAAAAUUAGCUAAUCUACUUCUACAUAUAAGUACCAACCACUGAUAUAUAGAAUACUUUUCUAUAAAUUUCAUAGUAAAAAAAUAGUUAAUAUGUAAUUGCUCCCUAUGAUGUGGAUAAUAACUUUAUAGCUCUCUCAAAUGAUACUUUUUUAACCCUUGGCUAAUAAAUUCUACAGUUUACUAAUUUUAGUCUAACCUUCUAAAAUAAUACAGACUUAUUAAUCAACAUUACUUAAAACAAAAUAACACAACAAAUAAUUUUUUAAAAUAUGGAUAUUGAUUUUGCAUGCUUUGGCACUAAUCAAAUAUAUAUUUCUGGCAUUGAAAAAGUAAUUUUUUAAAAUAUUAAAAUAUCUUAACUCAAUCUUAAAGAAUGCUCCUAAUAAGAUCAUUUUAAAGUUGAGUUAAACAAAUUUUUGUAGUAAUAAAUCAUGAAUAUUUAAAGUUCUAAAGUUUAAUUUAAUAAUUUUACUCAAGUUUAAAAUGAAGGUUCGCUUUUAUUGACCAAAUCCUAAGAAAUUAUUAUCGAAAAAGGCCAUUUUAAAUUGAAUACAGCAUAAAAUGGAGGAGCUAUUUACUUUUUAGCAAUUCAGACAAAGAUAUAAUUUAAAGAGUCCUUUUUCUAGCAAAAUACUGCUAAUAGCAGCGGAGGGGCAUUGUAUCUUGAAAAUAUUGAUAACUGUAUAAUUUAAUUUGAUACGGUGACUAUGAUUAAGAAUAAUAAAGCAUUAAUAGGAGGUGGAUUAAGAAUCGUUUAGACAAAUUAAAAAAAGCUUUUAUUGCCUUAAAAUUUUCCAUUCUCCAAUAAUAUUUUCGAAAAUAAAGCAGAGAUUUAUGGUGAUGAUAGUACAUCUUAUCUCUAAAAUAUAAUUAUUAAAAGCAAUGAUAGUACAAAUGAAGAAUUGUUCACAUUUUACUAAAAUUAAAGUAGUGUACCUAAAAAAUUUUAGAAUGACUAUUCAAGAUAUGCUGAAUUGAGAUAAUUCAGAAGUGGAGGGCUAAUUAACUUUAAAAUGUAUAUUGUAGAUGAAUAAAAUAGAUAUCUGAGCUUCUCAAAUGAAAAGCUAACGCUAGGCUUAUACCCAAAUGAUAUAGAUUAAGAGUUAAAUACUAUUUAAAUUUCAAUUUAUUAGCUCAAUUCUACUGAAAGCUAAAUGUUUGGAUAGAAUACUAUAAAUUACUUUCAAUAUAAUUCUCUCGACUAUUCAUUUGAAAUGAAUGAAAUAACAGUUAUUGGAAAUCUUAAUAAAGUUCAAUUCUUUUAUAUUAAUUCAACUAUAUAAACAAACUCACUUACUAAAUAACCAAUCCUUUUAUCGAUAGAAUUCAGAAAUUGUAAAUUAGGAGAGGUCAUUUAAUAAGUGAAUAAUAACAUUUUUUAAUGCAAUUAAUGCUUGAAGGGUACUUAUCAGCUAGUAGACCCAUAAACACUUUAUCAGUAAUCUAUUUAACAAAAUAAAGAUAUCAAUAAAUGCAUCAAUUGCCCAUAGUCUGCUUUAAUGUGCAAAGGAGAUAUAAUAGAAUUAAAAAAUGGUUUUUGGAGGCACAAUAAUUACACAGAUGAAAUAAUAGAGUGUGAUCCUAUUAUAAAUUCAUGCUAGGCAGAAAACCCUAAUAGCAUCAAUUACUGUAAAGCUGGGUAUCUAGGACCUAUUUGCCUAUAGUGUGAUAUUUUAGGUGAAGUUUG